AUGUCCAAAAAGUCCACCUUUACCAGCGUGACGCCGCUGCCGGCGGGCAUGACGCGGCAGGCGGCCGUCGACUUCCUGCAGGACCACGAGGCCAUGAUUGACCUGAACCCGCUCGUGACGGGGCGGCAGCGGAUGCCAGCAGCACCGGCCGACGCGCCGGCCGACGAGCGGCCCUGCGCGUGGUACGAGGUGACGGACCGCAUCGACUACCUGCCGGGCGGGCUCGCGCGCGGCUCGGUGCGCUACCGCUGCGCGUUCCUCGACCUGCCCGGCGUCGGGCUGCAGACGCACUGCUACGCGCCCAUGGGCGUGGACCUGCGCACGCGCUGGUCCGUCGCCGGAAGCGCCCCCGGCGAGCCGCGCGAGGCCCCGGAGCUCGGUAUCGGUGCGCCCCCGACCGGCCUCUACCUGCGCGAGGACACGGAGCUGCGCUGCAGCCUCGUCAUGGCCGCCUUUGUCCGCCGCACCCUCAGGGACGCCCACAAGAGGCUCGCCGACCGCCUCACGCAGCGCGGCGCCCGCGACGCCCAGGACGCUGAGCGACGACGCCUUCGGGCAGCAGCAGCAGCAGCAGGGAUGGGCCGCGAGCACGGUGAGGGGGAGCAGCAGCAGCCGCUCAGUAGCCACAGGAUCAGCAGCUACUAUGUCCAGAGGGAGGCCGAGGCGGGUCGUCGUCGCGCGGGGGCGGCCGCCACAGACCCCAGGAAUGCAAAUUACCACCAGUCGGGGCUAUUGACGGAGCAGCGCUACGUGUCAGAGGAUAGGCCAGCGCCAUCGCAUGGCAUAAACACAGCAUACCACGAGGCUGAUGCGACCCGUGACCCGGCCGAGUUGCCAUGA